AUGAUUCACGCGGAAGGAGGCGAGGGAAACAGUCCGAAGGAUCGGUACGCGAGGGAGCGCGACGUCCGCGUCUCGCUACGGCGUCAUACGACUGGAGUCGUGACGUUUGGCGACGCGGGCGACGUGUGCACCGAGACGGACGACGUGGACGUGACGCUCGUGCAGCAAGACGCGUUUAAGCAGUUUCUGCGACACGGCAGCGUGCUCUUUGCCGGUGGCGUGGCGGGCAGCGUCGGCAAGACCGUCACGGCCCCGCUCAGCCGCCUCACGAUUCUCUUCCAGGUGCACAGUAUGGUCUCGACGCGCCACACCGACCGGUUCUCGCCAUCCAUGGGCAGCGCUUUUGCAAAGGUGCUCAAGAACGAGGGCGUUCUGGCCUUUUGGAAAGGAAAUGGAGCUAGUGUUCUGCACCGCUUCCCGUACUCGGCCGUGAAUUUCUUUACGUACGAAAUGAUUAAGAACGCCAUAUGUGCACGCGACCAUCCGGCGUUUACACAGAAUUCGUGGACGACAAUGUUCGCCUCGGGCGCCUUGGCUGGGGCGACAGCGACAGUCGCGUGCUACCCGAUCGACCUCAUUCGAACAAGACUGGCAACGCAGCUCAAUACGGACGUCCGCUAUACUGGGAUCCACCAUGCUGUGCGACGGAUUAGCGCAGAGGAAGGUGUGCUGGGGCUCUAUCGCGGCAUGGGAGCUACGCUCAUGGUCACAGUGCCCAAUCUGGCAAUUAAUUUUACGCUGUACGAAUCGCUCAAGAAUUACGCGCGAUCGUUUCGUCGAAGCCAGAAGGUUUCAGGACUGACUGGCGCUGCUAGAGAAAGAGCCGCCGAUAAGCAUGAUAACACGCACCUGAGCGUGCGAGACACGCUGCUGUGCGGUGGCACGGCCGGCAUUGUCUCGUCCUUGAUGACGUUUCCGAUCGAUGUCGUGCGCCGCCGCCUGCAGAUCUCGGCUAUUCAUGCAGAAAGUGCCGGCAUUCGGCCGACCUUUACUGGCAUUGCAUUGGAGUUGUUCCAGACGCAAGGCGUGAGUGGGUUUUACCGUGGAAUAACGCCGGAGCUGAUGAAGGUCGUGCCUAUGGUUGGCAUUACCUUCGGCACGUUCGAGCGACUAAAGAAGCUGCUGGCCAUGGAGGACUAG